CCAGGGGAAUUUUGCAUAUGAGGGAUGCCAAUUAGCAAUUGGCUGCUAAUGAGCUGCAAGCACAAUUUGUGCCCCAGGUCCUGGGGCUCUCUGGGCCAGGGUAUAAAACCAGCCCGGUCAGAGGAGCUGAAACCACUCCUGCUUUAUUCUCCUUGGAGAAAAGGGAUUCCCUCCGGCCCCACAGCCAUGUCCUCCUCCGAGCUGUGUCCCCCCGUGUCCUGCGGCCCCACCCCGCUGGCCAACAGCUGCAGCGAGCCCUGUGUCCGGCAGUGCCAGGACUCCACCGUGGUCAUCCAGCCCUCGCCCGUGGUGGUCACCCUGCCCGGGCCCAUCCUCAGCUCCUUCCCGCAGAACACCACCGUGGGCUCCUCCGCCUCCGCCGCCCUCGGGGAUGCUCUGAGCGCCGGGGGGGUCCCCAUCAGCUCCGGCAGCUCCUCGGGGCUCUCGGGUUUGGGGUACUCCGGUUUGGGAUACUCCGGUUCGGGGUACUCCGGUUUUGGGUACUCCACUUUGGGGUACUCCGGUUCGGGGUACUCCGGUUUGGGAUACUCCGGUUCGGGAUCCUCCGGUUUGGGGGGGAUUUACGGCCGCUCCACCCGGCGCUCCAACCGCUGCUGACCCUGAGGAAGGCUCGGGAUGGGGAGGAACGAGCAGGAGAUGGAAAACGCGACCCCGAGCCCGUGCCCUCCCCUUGCUGAUUCCUCUCUUUCCCAUUUGAUGCCUUUUUGUUCUCUCAGGGAGGUGGAAAACGCCACCCGAUUGUCGCCGGGUGUCGGGCUGUAGAGCUCUACCUUGAGACGGGUGGUUAAUUUUAAUCCGUGUUCUGCUUUCUUAUGCUGUGUAUUUUUUAAUUGGCGAUGAUUGAGAGACGGGAAGGCUGAUUCGGUGACCAGAAUUCGAUUUUACUCAGGUUUUCCAAAAGUUUAUAUACUCUUUCAGACAGGUUAAUAACUUCUACUACAAUAAUCAGGUUAAAAAUCACACAGAAAACUCUGUAAAAUGCAUUUUACAACAAUUCUUUGCUUGCAGAAAUUGAUUGAAUCUUCUCUCUUCCCCUAAACGGGUUUAAUCCCAUCCUCUGUAAUUUUCACAGUUCUGUUUGUUCCUGCUAUGGCAUCUUGGUUAUCAAACUAAUUAAGUCUGUUUGACUCUGUCUUGUGUAUUCCCAUAUUUUUUUGUUUUUUUAAUUCCACUUCUUGCUCAUUAAAUAGAUGGCGCAUCCCAAUUUGUGGUUUGCAAUGUUCCUCCUCCCUCUCUUCCCCUCUGGAGCCUUCUCUGGGAAAAAAUUUGCCUGCACAUGAAUUGUGAAUUCCCGGCAGAUCUGCAUUUAAGUUAUACCACGCUAAUUAGUGAGGAGGUAAUCAUAGAUAAAUAGAAACAAUGAGUAAU